AUGGACAAAGACGAGUACCACAAGCGCGCGGCGGAACUUGCAAAGACAGCCAAGCUGACCGAAAUUUGCUCGCUCAAGCCCAGUCAUAAGAAUCACACAAUCAGCAACUACAAGGCCCGAAUGAGCAACAAGAAGUCCAACAGCUUUGCUAUCAUCAAUCUCCCUGGAGAUAAGCUGGAUGAUGAUUUGACCACCUCUAAAGAGACCGACUCAUCCAUUAAGAAUGGUGCGUUCUACAUGAACAAUGAAUCUUACUAUGUCCCAACUUUCUCUCACCACAUUGAUUUCUGUCGCUUUGACAGCCUGAACAACAUUGUUGAUUCAAACUUUCUAGACGAUCUUAGGUUAUCAUAUAUGUCAAACGUAAAAGACGCCUACGAAAACGGUGCAGAAGUCCCCGAGACUAUCAGUGAGAAAGUAGACAUUAGUAAAGAAUUAAACUUAUUGCUUCGACCAGAAUCUGUUUCUGUUAUAAAGAUGAUGCAAAAAACUUGUGUCAACAAACUUGCAUGUGUGUUCUUUGAUCCUGGAUCAGAUGAAUCUUACAUCCAUCGUAGAAUUUUGCCCGCUGGAAUCAAUGGAAAAACCGUGAAGAAAAAAAUUGGAACGAUAAGCGGCAAACAAUCUUUGACCACGCAAGUCAUAAACAUUGAGGGAAUCGUUUUCCCUGAAUUUUCUCCCACGCAAAAAGUGGAAUCCACGUUUGAAACAAUUGUUUUUGAUUCAGACGCGAGGUACGAUAUGAUUAUUGGAAAUAAUAUUUUACUUCCCCUUGGAAUCGAUUGUUGCGGAUCUACCAAAACAAUCAAAUGGAUGGACAAACACGUACCUUAUAAGCCGCCCGAAUCUGGCCUCAGUCCUCAAACUACUGAUCCAAACGAAGAUACAUCCAUGUUGAUGGCGCAAUUGAUGGCAACCCAUUGCUAUCACUCAGACCCUGAUGAAAGUCUCAAUGAACACAUUGAGCAACAGAUAUCUCAUUCCUUUAAUAUUGCAGAAUCCAAAUAUGAUUUAGUUCCCUUGGAACAUGUUGCCAAACAACAACAACAUCUAAAUGCCAAGCAACAACAACAUCUAAAUGGUCAACAACACAAGGCUGUCGGUAGAGGCUACAGCCACACUGCUCCCAAGGAAGCUCCACUCAUCCCCUGGCAACAACUUGCAGUUGAUCUCAUCGGUCCUUGGACACUCAUGGUGGCACGACAAGAGAUCGAGUUCAGAGCCUUGACAAUCAUUGACCUAUUUGAAAACGCUUGGCUCGCCCGUUACCCGCGCCCUGCAACCGUCAUCCAUGACCAAGGAACCGAAUUCACGGGAUUCGACUUUCAAAAUCAUUUGAAUCUACACGGAAUUGAACCUCGUUCUAUCUCUGCCAAGAAUCCUCAAGCAAAUGCAGUUUGCGGACGGAUGCAUCAAACUAUUGGCAACUCUCUUAGAGUAUUGGUUACACUGAACCACCCUUUUGACACCAAUGAUGCCGAACAAUUAGUUGACACUGCCAUUGCAAAUGCAGUCUAUGCACACCGCUGCUCUUAUCACGGAACUAUAACCACUAUGCCCAGAUCACUUGCCUUCCACCGUGACAUGACCCUUCCAAUGCAAGCUGACCUUCAGCUCAUUCAACAACAUCGACAACAGCUCAUUGAUACGAGCCAAUCGUCGCCAAUUUGCUUAUGA